CGCUAGUCUCGCGUGAUGAGACUUGUGGCGGUCGGAAUUUUCAGUAGGACUGGAGGCGAGAAGCUUGCAAUUAACCGCUUUGCAUGAAGUUUCUGUAAAGAUGGUUGGGGCACAGCAACUGGAAAUGUCUGAACUCCAGACGACAUCUGUUCAACAACCCCCUGUGCAAACUGUAGAAUCAAAUGAUCAUCAGUAUGAGUGUCAUGAGUGUGGAAAAGUGUUUAAAUGGUCUUCAAGACUGAUUCAUCACCAAAGGACUCACACUGGAGAGAGGCCAUACAAAUGCACAGAAUGCCCCAAAGCCUUUAAAGGAUCAUCUGCUCUGCUUUAUCAUCAAAGGAGCCACACUGGAGAACGUCCCUAUAAGUGUGAGAGCUGCGGCAAAGCAUUCAAGCGCUCUUCACUAUUGCAGAUCCAUCAGAGCGUACACACAGGAGUGAAAUCCUUCAAGUGCAAUAUUUGUGGAAUGGCAUUUAAGUGGUCUUCUCAUUAUCAGUAUCACGUGAGGCAACAUACAGGAGAGAGGCCUUAUCAGUGUAAUGUCUGCGAGAAGGCCUUCAAAAACUCAUCAAGUUUAAGACGACACAGAAAUAUUCACACGGGUGAGAGACCCUAUGAGUGUGCCAUUUGCGGGAAGGCUUUCACACAGUCUACUAACCUUCGGCAACAUCAGCGAAUUCACACAGGAGAACGUCCAUACAAAUGUGAAGACUGUGGAAAGUCUUUCACCCACUCCUCCAACCUCCUGCUUCACCAGCGCACACACUCUGCAGGGGUUUCUCAUAAAUGUGAAAUUUGCGGUAAAGUGUUUAUUUCUGACUCUUUUUUGCAAAAGCAUUUGCAGUCUCAUGCCAUUGAGCAGGCGUUUGUACAUGCUGAAGCUGAAGUGUAUCUGACAACUACAGCUGCUGUGGAGACAGUAGAGAUGGUGUUUAAAUGUGGUGAUUGUGAAAUGACCUUUAAAAAUGAAGAUUUGCUGUUGGGCCAUCAACAGACCCACGUAGAACAGAUAUAUCCAUGUACAAACUGCGAUAAAACAUUCAAAAAUCCUUCUGGGCUCUCUCGCCACAACCAACACUGUCACUCCAGCGAAAGGCCAUUCAAGUGCUCCAUCUGUGAGAAGACCUUUGUACAACUUUCAAACCUUUUGGUACAUCAAAGAACUCACACAGAAGAGCAACAGUUUAUUCAAACAGAGGCUGAGGUCACAUGCCCACAGACCUCAGAAAUCAUUCAGCCAUCUACUGCUACACCGGCGACAGAAACGGUUGAUCGUCAGUACAAAUGCACAGAGUGUGGUAAAGUGUUUAAAGGUACAUCGGGACUUCGUUAUCACAUGAGAGACCACACUGGAGAACGCCCUUACAAAUGUUCAGAGUGCGGGAAAGCUUUUAAGAGAUCUUCGCUUUUAUCCAUCCAUCAGCGGGUACAUACAGGUGUCAGAGCAUUCAAGUGUGCAGAAUGCGGUUUAACAUUCAAAUGGUCCUCCCAUUAUCAGUACCACCUUCGACAGCACACAGGCGAACGUCCAUACACUUGUACUGACUGUGGCAAAUCAUUCAAAAACACCUCAUGUUUACGCAGGCAUCGACAGUUACACACUGGCGAGCGCCCAUUUACCUGUCUGAUGUGUGGAAAGACCUUCACUCAGACUUCUAAUCUGCGUCAGCAUGAAAGAACCCAUACAGGAGAAAGGCCUUACAAGUGUGACAAAUGUGAUAAGUCUUUCACUCAUUCCUCCAACUUGCAGCUACACCAGCGCACGCACUCCAGUGACAAGCCUUUCAAAUGUACAGUAUGUGGUAAAAGCUUUGUCAUGUCAUCUUACUUGCAGAGGCAUUUGCGUACCCAUGUUUCGGCUACUUUGGUAACCACAGAGAACUCCACACAGAAUAUUCAGAACUCCCAAAAUAUACAGGUUUUACCAAACAAUCCAGGAGUGCAGAUUAUACCUAGUAUGCCUGCACCCCUAACCUUUGAAGGAAGCAACCAACCCAGUGGUUCCAAUCCUCAAACUUUUGUACUGGUGCAAGUUGUGCAACAAAAUACUCCAAAGUUAUUAUUGCUGCCAAAUACCCAAUUGUUUCAAACCCAGCAGAAGGUACCUAUAGCUGUAAAUACUUCCAGUGUGAGUCUAGUACAGGAUAAUUCACAGCAAAGGAAUUUGCAGAGCAAACCAGGACGCAGGCGUUCCAAGCAGAAAAAGCCUGCUGCACCCUUUAAUGUUGCCCCUAAUCAUAAUAUUGUUAUAAUGCCUAAUACAGGACAUGUUGUCCCAAAUAUUCAGACUCUUCAAAAUGUGCAAUUUCAAGCUAUACAGGGCUCUCCAAGAACCCAAUCACUACCUUUGGGGCAAAAUGUACUUGUGCUACAGAAUGUUAGUGAUCAAGGUUCUCAUCAGUUAGCAAAUAUGCAGAUAAAUGCAAUUUCUUCCUCACAGAAGACCCCAAACAUACAGAUACAACCAGCCCCUAUGACAAGAGACAUGGCUAAUGUUCAUAUUCAGACCUCAACAACUCCCCAAGAUGUUUCAGGUAUUCGAAUUCGAACUGUAUCAAGUUCUCAAGAAAUUCCUAACUUACAGAUUCAAACUGUACCAAGUGCCCAGGCUAUCUCUAAUGUACAUGUACAGGCAGUGGCAAAUACGCCAGAUCUGUCAAAUAUUCAAAUCCAAACCCUGUCUGGAUCACAGGGAGUAACAGGCUUACAAGAAAGCCAAAAUUUAAUUGUGGUGCAAAAUUCUCCAGAAGAGAUUUUGAGUGCUGGAGAGAGUGUAGAAAACUUGCAGUCCAUGGAAGAUGUUCAUGACGUCCAUAUUGAGACCUUGCAAACUGAAGAAGGCUUACAGAAUGUUAUUGUUCUUCAAAAUGCUAAUGGGGAACAGACACGGUUGUGUGUGCAAGAAGUGGAAGACAUUCAAAAUUUGCAGGAUGUUCAAAAUGUCCAAAUACAGGCCAUGACUAAUUUGCAGAAACCCACAACUGCUAUUCCUGCAGGUCAAAAGGUAUUUAUAAUACAGAGUUCUCAGGGAGAGCAGACCCUUCAAGUAGUGGAUAAUAUACAGGGUGAUCAAAAUGUUCAAGUUGUAGAGAACACCCAUAGCUUGCAAGGUGGCCAGAAUAUACAGAUGGUUUCAAAUAACCAUAAUCCUGGCACUGUCCAGAUUUUGCAGAAUCUGCAACUGAGGGCCAUUCCAAACAAUCAGGGUAUCCAAGCAAUCCAAAAUGUGCAAAAUUUUCAAAGUAUACCCACAACUACAAAUGAGAACCAAACCAUACCAACAGUAGAGCUGGUCCAGAAAAGCCCCGUGCAGGGACUACAGCAAGGCCUACCCUCUAUUCAGAUUGUGCAGACUGUACCCAAAGUACAACUUGUCCAUACAUUUUAAACAUAGCUUUAGAAAUAAUGCAUGCAUAGGUCUUAGCUUGAGAGACCUCGGGCUGUGACCACUUUUGCCACUGUCCAAAUAUUUUUAAGUUUGAUAUUAGUGUACUGUGUAACUUGCCAGUUAGGCAUCAGAGAGGUGGCGUGUGAAUGAAGGAUCUGUUCAUCCUAGAUUGGGAUGUUCAGUGAAGUCUAAAAUACUAAUAUAUUUAUAUGUAUAUUAUGAACUGUGUUAUGCAUUGAUCUUAAUGAGGGUGAAUUUAUCCUUCAUUCGUAAAAGCCUUCAGUGCAUGAACUUUCCAGUACAGGAAGACUAAAGAGCAAAGUUUGAGCUGGGAACAAGAAUGAGCUAAAAGUGGCAGAGUGGUUUCCAAUAUAGAUCGAAGAUGACCUAAAGACUUUCUCCUACCAUUUUCAUUCUCUAAAUCUGUGAUCUCCGUAAGUCAUUGUUCAGGAGCCUACAGGUCUAACAUGAAAUUUUUGCACCAGUGGUUGGCUUCUGCAGCAAUGCAAAACCAAUUCAUGGACUUAAAAACAGACAUUUGUUAUUGAAUUAAGGUUUGCUUUGUGAGCAAUAGCCUGCUUCACUAUCUAGCACUUUUUUUUUUAAAUUACUAUUCUACAAAUUGUAGCCCUUUUUUAUAAUUAUUAUUUUGGGACCAGAAAGAAUGUUGAAUACGAGCACAUUUUGAACUGGAUCUCAGGACACUGGUCCUGGUAUUUAUGACUGGUUUUUUUUCCAGUGUGCAUUUUUAACAAGUAAAACAAUAAUAAUGUGCUGGGUGCAUAACCAGUUCAGUUAUGUGUUAUGGCACACAAAGGAAACAAGACCUACAUACAAACUUUUGUAUAAAGUGCAUUAAAAGUAAUGCCUUACCAAAGGCACUUAUCCUUAGCACCCUAGGCAUUGUCCCUAGGAAUGCUAUAUGCCUUUACUUCCUGAGACCUACCUGGAGCAUUUCAGACUUGGGCUUGACUAUGUUACGAAAGGGAGUCACCUUGAGUUAGUUUAUGAUGUUUAUUAUUAACAGAUUUCAUUUGUACCUUUGUGUCUGCAUUGUAAGCCUGUAUUUCCCUGUAACGGUAAUAUUAUGUUCUUAAUUGUACUUAUUAAGCACUCAAAUGUUUAGGAUCCCCAUUGUGCCUGUAAGCUUUGGUUGGUCUUAAAGGGGUGGUUCACCUUUAAGUUAGUUUUUAGUAUGUUAUAAAAUGACCUGUUCUUAGCAACUUUUCAAUUGGUCUUCAUUUUUUAUUUUGAAUAGUUUUUCCACCUUCUUCUGACUCCAGUUUUUAAAUUGGUGUCACUGACUCCAGCAGCCUAAAACUAUUUCUCUGUGAGGCUGCAGUUUUAUUAUUAUUGUUAUUGUUCCUUUUUAUCACUUAUCUUUUUAUUUAGGCCCUCCUCUAUUCAUAUUCCUGUCUGUCUUUCAAACCAUUUCCUGGUUGCUAGGUUAAAUUGGACCCUAUCAACUAGAUAGCUGCUGAAAUUCCAAACUGGAGAGCUGCUUAACAAAAAGCUAAGUAAUUCCAAAGCUGCAAAUAGUAAAAAAUUAACACCAAUUGCAUAUUGUAUCAGAAUAGCACUCUCUACAUCAUAAUUAAACUUAUUGUGAAGGCGAACAACCCCUUUAAGUAGGGCAAGUACUGUUGAAAUGAUUUACUUUGCAAAAAGAAAAAAAAAAUCAAACCACUUAUUUGCAUGGCACACAUAUACAUUUACCCAUGCUUCUAAAUGCUGUACUUUGGUUUUAGCAGUACUCAUGUAAAGGAACUAGGUAAGGAUGGGGUUCUGAGACUCACUGAAAUAAAAAAUAUAAAAUAUA